AUGUUUUACAACGAAGACUUGCUAUUGAAACAAGGUCCCUUGGCUACUGUAUGGCUAGCUGCUAACUUAGACAAAAAACUAACCAAAAAUCAGUACUUGAACACAAAUAUCACUCAAUCAGCUCAAGUGAUAUUGAAGAACGCUUUCCAAUCUUCUUCUGAUGUCUCCAUAUCUUCCCAAAGAACAAGACAACCCACUACUGCAACUCCUACUACUACUACCACCACUGCUACUAAUGGAAGAGUGAUUCAUCAACAACCAAUUGCAUUGAGACUCUCUGGCCAGUUACUAUAUGGUAUAACUAAAAUCUACUCCAAAAAGGAGAAAUUCUUGCUCGAUGAUGUAACCAAUGUACUAACGAAUUUAAAAAAAAUCUUCAAGCCUUCAAAUUUAAAUCAAGUCAUCUUGCCACCAAAUGCUACUAUAACAACCUUUAAUAACUUGAUCUUACAAGAUACUAUAACUGACACUGAUUUGCUAUGGCAAGAACCUUUAUACUUGGAUUUGGAUGAUUCAAUAGCACCAAUAGCAUCUACGAAGACUAAAACUUAUGACCAAAGGAAAAAACAACAUUUAAAACCUGAUCAACUUCACUUUCAGCUAGAUUUAAACCUAGAGGAUGAAACUCAUGAUCUCGAAUAUGGUAGAGAUGUACAAAAUCCCUUGUCUUCUCCUCAUCAAAACAUCUAUCCUCUGCCAACAAGUAAAGUUGACGACCUUAUGUUUAGUAACGAUAACCUAGAAAUCGAUUUUGGCAAUGAUUUUGGUUUAAAUUUAACUGAAGAGCAACAAAAAACUCCUUUGCCUCAAAAGGGUGAUCAUUCUCUUACUCUAGAUUUUGGUGAUCAACCCGGCGACCAUUCAAUAGAAGCUGGUAGAAGAGCUGCUGCUCCCUUAUCUGAUAACAUAAUCCCAGAUAUAUCAGAACCUGAUUUAAACCAAAAAGAUGCUCAAGAUUUCGCAGAUUUCGAUAUUGCAACAAUAGAUGCCCGAGAUUUUACUAUUGACUUUCAAUUGCCUAAAACCCCUGAACCUCAAACUGCUAAAGAAGAUCAGCCACAAACACCCUUAACUCCAUUAACCCCAGCUGAAGAAGCUGAUUUAAAUAAUGCUUUACCAAUUCAAUUACCUGCUCAACCAGAGCAACAACAACAGCGCGCCGAUUUACAACUACAACCAAUAAUCCCCAGAAAAAGAAGAACAUACAGAAGAGUAGGUCCAACAAAUGCCUUAAAUGUUCUCAAAAAAUCAAAAAUCAUCCAUGAUAGUUUAACUGAAUUACCUUCGCUUGCUUCUCAAAUAUCUGAUAAUUACAUUGACUCUUUAAAUAAUCUUUUAUACCCAAAAAUUGAUGAUUUAUUAUUCCCUGAAAAUAAACUAAACUACAUCAAUAAGAUAUCAAAUCCUGCUAAUAACUUUUUAUCAAAUAAUAACCUAUUUAACCAGUUAUGGGAUGUUAAAGACUUAAAUAAAGAAUUGCAAGCUGAGGCUGAAGCAAGAAGAAAAAUCACUUUACAAAAAGAAGCUAAAAAAGCUGAAAAAGAAACUAAAGCUGCUGGUGCUUUGGAAUUCGAUUUUGAUAUGGAUAUGGAUAUUAAUUUCCCAGAGCUAUCUGAAACUCAAGCUCUGGCUCCAUCUCAAGCAAUUGAAGAUAAAGAGUUGGUUGAAAAGGAAAAUGAAGAAAUUUUAAAAGAAGAACAAGAGAAGGAAAAAGAAAAGGAAAAAGGAAAAGAAAUUAAAAAAGAAAUUGAAAAAACAAUUGAUCAAUUGGCUGAUGAAGAAGAUAUUAUCUCUCAAACUUUUGAGCAAAGAGAACUUGAAUCCGAUCAAUUAAUAUCUUCAUUAGCUCAUCCAUCUUCCUCGGUGCAUUCUGAAACAUUCGAUGAAGAAACUGCUUCUGUCUCAACUCAAUCGUCCUCCAAAAUAUCUAAAACCACCAUUAAUAUUGCCUCUAGCUUGAGAGAAGAAUUUUUUGAUUUUGGAUCGAAUCCUGAAAAGUCAACAAGCUUUUCAAAUUUAAUUUCAACAAAUAUUCAAUCAACAAAUCCUCUCAGCACAAUCCCAAAGAAACAGGCAACCAGAUGCUUUUUUGAAUUAUUAGUUCUUGCUACUGGUGAUACUGUGAAAUUGCAACAAAACCAACUAUUUGGAGAAAUAGAAAUCAAAGGUAAAGAAAAUUUAUUUUCAAAAUUCAUUUAA